GUCAUAAUUAUCAACACCAACACGGCCACGACGUGGACAAAAAUUCGCCGAUGAAUUCGUGACUGGAGCAUCGUGAGGAAAUUCUUCUGACAAGCAGGCGACGUCACUGAUCGAUCGUUGUCUCACGACGAUUUUAUUCGAGCCGAAUUAAUCGCACUUAAUUAACUUAAUUGUGAUAUGUCAUUUGACACAGCCACGCCGCAAACUUCACCAUUUACGUCACCGAUGCCAUCUGCCGGGGAUUUCUUAUUAUCUUGCCUCGCAAAUUCUCGCGGAUGUCAUUUCCAAUCCUCCGGAUCGUCGAGACUUGUCAUCAGCGAUAUACGUCUCGAUUCGCUAAAUCGGCCGAUCAGUUAUUAGAAUAUUAUAAAUAAUCCGACAAAUGUGACGUGAUUUUUACGAUUUCAUGUCGUUUUCGAAAACAGCAAGUUGCAAGUGUGAAUCUGCGAGAUAAGGAAAUCUCCAGGAGCGAGCAUGUUACACAUUAAGUGUCGAUCGGUUAUACACGUGACAACUUUUUAAUUGAUACAUUUAAAGUGUAUUUGUCCUCGGGAUUCCUCGACUCGCACUUCCUCUAAUUCCUCGCAGUGAUUUGCAUCGACAGUAAACAUGGCGGCGAUGGACGGCGAAACGAAACUAGAUAUGUACGAUGAUGUUACGUACACUGUGGACCCUCAACACAUUGAGGGUGAGAUGACAAUAGGUGCGAAACAGAAAUCAACUUUAGGAGAGCCAGAAUUUAAUACUCUAGAUGAACCCAUCAGAGACACAGUUUUGAGGGAUGUUCGAGCAGUAGGCAAGAAGUUUUUUCACGUUUUAUAUCCUAAAGAGAAAAAAAGUCUACUAAAAGAAUGGGAUCUGUGGGGACCACUAAUAUUAUGUACGUUUAUGGCAAUGAUAUUACAAGGUUCUGAUACAGCAGAUAAUUCAAAUGAUGGAGGGCCUGAAUUUGCAGAAGUAUUUGUUAUUGUAUGGAUUGGCUCCAUGGUUGUUACAUUGAAUUCAAAGCUAUUAGGUGGAAAUAUAUCUUUCUUCCAAAGUGUUUGUGUCCUAGGAUAUUGUUUAUUACCAACUGCCAUUGCAUUAAUUUUAUGCAGAAUUAUAUUAAUAGUGCAGCAAACUACUCUCUUAUUUAUUCUGAGAUUUGUAAUCACUAUGAUUGGAUUUUUGUGGGCAACAUAUGCAUCUAUGGCAUUUCUUGGUGAUAGUCAACCCACAGGGAGGAAGGCAUUAGCAGUAUAUCCAAUUUUCCUUUUUUACUUUGUCAUAUCGUGGCUAGUUAUAUCCCACACUACAUAAGAUGCAACGCUAUAAUUAAUAUAUCACAAGACUGUCACAUUGCUUUGAUCUUCUGUACAAGGUCCGGAAAACAAAAAAGAAAGGGCAGAAGGAAAUGCAAGUAUUUCAUA